AGGAAAGGUGAGUUUCCUGAGAAAUUUGAUUCCCACACCAACGACGUUGCCGCUUCAGCUGACUGGAACACAUGUUCAGGUUCCACGGUUGACGUCACUCUCCACUAUACCAAACUUACGGGCAAGUGUAAAUGCAAAUUUUUGAAUUUUAUAAAUUAAGGCACCGCCCGACCGGCCGGUGUCCAUCAAGAUGACGAUGGAAACAAAAAAAAGUCGCAAACUAUCAGCGUGGAACGAAAGUCUGGGGUAUGAGCAUGUGCUUCCUUGUUGAUUCCACUGCGCGAAGGGUUGGGCCCGUCCUACAACUCGGCGCGGUGGGAAUUGAUAAACAGGUGUAAAGAGGCAACUCAAUUGAAAUGGGAAAUUAUAUGCUUUUAUGUUUUUUUGAAUUAAAAGGGGUAAAAUGACUUCUAAAAGUAUCCGUUGAAUGCCACGGUCCGUGUCAACAGUAGAAAUGAUCUAAUGACAAACACCUGAUAAAAUAUUUAUGUCCUUGACCAAGCUUGUCGCUUCUUGAGCAGCUCGGACAAGCUCGGAGGUGAAGUGGUCAAACUCAAAUAUUUCCCUAGCGAUUAGCGUACUAAUGGCGUCAAAUUGCAACGUACGAUGACAUAUGUCAAGACAAGUAGCAUAACAAGCUCGUGUCAGCCAGUGGAUUGUCAAUACUCCCUCCAGAUAUAACAGGCACCCGAAGUCGUUAAUUGAAUAAUCAUUGAAGCACAAAGGUCACCAAGAUGGGACCCGAUUCGGUAUAAAUGUGACCCGUCCCAAGCUCAGAAGUCACAUUCACACUCUAAGUGUCAAAACACGACGAUUACUAGGGAAACAUGAUUAGAAUUGCAGUGUGUUACUCGGUUUUGGUGGCGUGUGCAGUUCUGGGAGCGCCUCAGCUGCAAAACCAACCACAGGAUACCAGUGGAAUCGAGUUGCUAAGGUACAACUCAACAAACAACAACGAAGCAGGCUAUCAGUUUACAUACGAGCAGAGCAAUAAGCAAAUCUUCUCCGAGGUUGGAACUCCGAAGGAUACCAACAAUGGAACGAAUAUUCUAGCGGUGGAAGGAGCCUACACCUUCGUGGCACCCGAUGGGCAGACCUACUGGGUCAACUACCGGGCUGACGAGAAUGGCUUCCUACCGAAGACGGGUACCGGCACCGUUGGGGGAAUUCAACCGGGACAGGAUGCCCCCGUUAGAACGUAACUUGAGCAAUCAAGAAGAAUUUGUGCUGGAUUUAAGACGUUAAUCAUGCGCUAAUGAUGAUUUGGCUCUGUAAAGUUAAUUCGAUUGAGCCUGUACAAUUUGUAUCAUACAGAAUAAAAUGUUGUAAUCAAGCUACGGUCAAGGGACCAUCUCUCAGUCGCAUUCGUCAGACUUCAGACGCCUAACGGCCGGCCGGCGCCACAUCCAGAUGAAAAUUGACCACCGUUAACGGCCGCAAAUGGGUGUAAUUCGUUACUUUACUGUUCCACUCAGGCGCAUUUACAUAUACGCUAAGAUCUACUACCGGCUGGAAUGCGCGGUACCCAGUUGACAAAGCUGCGUUGUGACAGCCAAACAAGCACUGUCACUUGCAGGAACAGCAAGCCACGCCUGCCACCAAGA